AUGACAAUUAAUGUGAAGAAAGUAUUACAAAACGGCUUGGUAACAAUCAUCGUAUCCGCACUCCUCUUUGGUAUGCUUAUGUUAACAGAAACCUAUAAAACCGUAACUAUUUCAAAGUUUAUUUUACCACAGCCAAUCUACGGAAAGCAUGACAAGAACGGAUUUCAAAAAAGUCCAACGUUUUUAGAGAACAAAACAAAGAUUUCAGAGGCACCAAAGGAUGCUAAACUUAUUUUAUAUUGGAUUCCCAGUUCUUCUGGUUUUGACUACUUCGGGUUGAAAAGAUAUCACACCUCAUUCGAAGGUUUGAAGUGCCCCGUGGGUAACUGUAAGGUGACGGAGGAUAAGAGUGCUGCCUACGAUGCCGAUGCCAUCAUUUUCAUGGGUAGAGCAUUAGGUAAAAAACCAGAAAAACGGAACCCCAAAACGCGCUGGAUAUGGACCAAUCACGAGAGUCCAUGUCACACGUACUUAUCCAAUGAUUGGACGUUCAACUGGACGAUGACUUACAGGAUGGACAGUGACAUCUACAGUCCAUACGGAUUUCCCCUCCUUGACAAAAACCACGAUGAAGCCAAGAAAAGGGACUUUCUGUCAGUUGCCAGAAGCAAAACUAAAUUAGCGGCCUGGGCAGUCAGCAAUUGUAAUGCUCCAAGUCAACGUAUGGAAUAUGUGAAGGAAUUACAGAAAUAUAUGAGCGUGGACAUUUAUGGGGGUUGCGGGCCAUUUAAAUGUGGACGCGACAGGGAAGCUAAAUGUGAUGAUAUGUUUAACAAAACGUACAAAUUUUAUUUGUCUUUUGAAAAUAGUUUUGCUACGGAUUAUGUCACAGAAAAAUUAUAUAAAAUCCUCCCAUUGGACGUUAUCCCGGUCACACGUUCAGGUGCCAACUACACGCGUCUUGGCAUCCCUCCGUCCUGGCACAUAGACACACACGACUUUAAGUCUCCCAAAGAGCUGGCACACAGACUGAAAGAGCUAGAUAAAGACGACGUUGAAUAUGCCAAGUUGUUGCAAUCAAAGGCUGGUAUCCAAGUCUCUUAUUGGAUUCGUGCUUAUUGUAAUAUUUGUGCCAAGCUUCACUCUCCAACGGAACCAGUGAAAUCUUACAGCGCCCAGGAUAUACGUAGUUGGUACGGUACAUGCAAACCCCCUGAUGAUCUGCGGUUUAUGACUCGAAGCAGGCGGAGUAUAGAAGAUAACUUCAUUAUGUGA